AGCGGAGAGCUUAGUGCAGUCCGGAUCUUCAGCCGGAGUACCUCGCGUGUGUGUUUAUAAUCAACUCGUCACGUAAAACCGGCGAUAUGAUCGUGUGGCUAUCAGUGCUGGCGUUGACCUUCACGGUCACGGUCGGCGCCGGCAACGGACCGGAUUCGGUGACGCUGGUGCGCGAUCGCAAGCCGUGCGUCAAAUCUCCGACGACCGCCAGCGGGAGUGCGAUCCAGCGCGGGCGAAAGUUCUGCAGCGGCGAGCUGAUCUUCGAGGACAACUUUGACUUGCUGGACUUUGAGGUCUGGGAGCACGAGAAUACGCUGGCCGGCGGUGGGAACUGGGAAUUCCAGUGGUACACCAACAAUCGAUCCAACUCGUUCGUCGAGGAUGGCGUCUUGUAUCUGCGGCCAACGUUGACGGCCCACGAGUACGGCCACGGGUUCUUGACCUCCGGUACGGUCGAUCUACAGGGCAAUCGACCGGUUGAGCAAUGUACGAAUGCUGCGUUCUACGGAUGUACCCGUACGGGAACGGAGACUCACGUGCUGAAUCCGGUGAAAAGUGCCCGCCUUCGGACGCUUCCCUCGUUCAACUUCAAGUACGGUCGGGCUGAGGUCCGUGCUAAGUUACCCUCGGGAGACUGGCUUUGGCCUGCAAUCUGGUUGCUACCGAAGCGUAAUGCGUACGGAACGUGGCCGGCGUCCGGUGAGAUGGAUUUGAUGGAGUCCCGCGGUAACGAGCAGCUGACUGUUGAUGGAGUGCAGAUAGGAACUCGCCAAGUCGGACAGACGCUCCACUUUGGACCGAAUCCUUCGCACAACGGUUGGAACACGGCUACGCUAACCAAGAACGCCCUUCCCGGAAAGGAGUACAGCAAGGAAUUCAACACGUUCGGUUUCACGUGGAGUCCGGAGAACAUUACCGUCAGCAUCAACGGGGAACAGCUGUCGGUUAUGGAAGCAGGAGAUGGAUUCUGGAAGCGGGCAGGUUUCGACAAGCUGAACAUGGAGAAUCCCUGGCGUUACGGAACAAAAAUGGCGCCGUUUGAUCAGGAGUUCCACUUCAUCUUGAAUUUGGCCGUUGGGGGAGUGAACGGGUAUUUCCCGGACAAUGGACAGAACCCGGGAGGGAAACCGUGGAAGAAUAGCUCACCGCAGGCGGCGACGGACUUUUGGAACGGACGGGACAACUGGCUUCCCACGUGGAACUUGGAUAAGAACGAUGGGAAGGACGCCGCACUGCAGGUGGAUUAUGUAAAAGUUUGGGCUUUGUAACUGUGACUGAUUUAAUAAAUUUCCAUUGACGAUCAA